AUGGCUGUUAUCGGAAACCUCUUUUUCUAUGGCGGCCUUGCUGUUUCACUUGUCAUCGGCCUGCUCUAUUUUCGCGAUCUCGGCGACGUCACGCAGAUGGUUCUGAAAGUGAAACGGGCGAACAUGGUCCGGUUCAUACGCAACGAAAACCGCCUGCUAGCCGCUGGUCUCGCAGGUGCCGCCAUCAUGACACUGGCUCACUUCAGUGUUGGCGGGGGCCCAUUCUGGCUCUGGCUCGCAGCGUUUCUGCUGCUCGUUGUCCUCUAUGGCUUUCCCUAUGUCUGGGUCCAUGUCGGUCUCCGAAACCAGAAGAACACCGCGCAGUACCUCCCCAUCAAGGAAGCAAUGGAAUGGGUCAGUCCCUCAAGUCCUGUCCUCGUCAUUGAAAACAACGGUGUUGCCCGGGCACAUCCGGACGCGCAGAUCAUGCGUCCGCACCUGGCCGGCAAUCGGGAAGGCCUGGAUGGCGAGAAUGUCAUCAUGACCUAUUGCGCCAUGGCCAAUCUGGGGAUCGGCUAUACGCCGUCAAUCGAGGGGCAGGAGCUGGACCUUGAAGUGCUGGCGCAACAUGGCAACAAUCUGAUCCUGCGCGACAACAGGACUGGCGAACCGGUUCAGCAGAUCUACGGCUUCCGGGACCGGGACAGCAAAGAGAGCGAAAAUGGUCCGGCCUGCCCUCUUCAGCCCCAGCUUGCCAUGCGUCCGUGGCCGACAUUCCGGAUGACAAUGCGUGGUUUCGCCAAGGCUUAUCCUGAUGGCAAGGUUUUCAUCAACAAACCCUCGAAGAACCCGAUACUGUUUUUGUUCGACCUGGCUAUCGAGACCAUCUUUUCAUCCGAAAUUUCCCGCCAGCAUCGCGUGAAUGCACCCAUCAUCUCGAACAUGAACCGCAACGGCGACGACCGCCUCCACAACAAGACCUAUGUCUGGGGCAUCGACAUAGACGGCGAUGUGGUGUGCUGGACGGACGACUUUGUGAUCGAAAACGGCAAUAUCAUCAACGCCAAGGUGGGCGGAAAGGAUCUUGUUGUCGUAUGGGACCCGAAGGUCGAGAGCCUGGGCAUCUGGUACAACGAUACCGCAGCGCCAGUUACUGACAUUGAUUUUUUCGGCAAAACACCGGCCGGAAAACUCACACGGGUCGAAAAUGUCCGCCCCGGGAUGUUCUGGCACGUGUGGGCCGAGUUCUUUCCCAACACCGAAAUCAACCGUACCGGCACAACUUCAACGAAAAGCGCCCCAGGCGAGACCGCAACGGAGGCAGCUCAGUGA